ACUAUUAUCAGACUGCUCCACUAGUAGGAAUCAGGUCCAUGGAAAUUGUGAAGGACCAGUGUUUAUACUACACAAUUACUUGCAGGUUUUUAAUAUCAGUGCUAGAGCUGAAACUGAUUUGCAUAAUAGUGAUGCAAGACUUCCCCAAUGAGUCAGACGUCACUGUUAACUCUAACUCUUCCAUGUAUCAUAACUUUCACUAUGAGUUACACCUAUCUCUUCCGCGUUUGCACCUCACGGCGGCAGGCACACAGUUGUUUGCAAUACUACCAUGUCUGUUGGAUAUCUUUUAACUUUUUUGCUGAUCCUCUUGUCAAGUCAAGCCUGUUGGGGCGGAGAGAAAACCAAGAAUAUUGCUUGUGCAAACCUCAGAACAGGAUAUGCUUACAGAUACUGUGUAGAUGUGAAAGAGGAAUCUACAAGGAUCUUAUGCGUGGAGUGGACAUCCAUGAUCCCCAAUGGGGUGACUUCAACCACAGAUGAUACGUCUAUGUGGCUUGCUGAACUUUGCCAACACAAAAACACUACACAUGCACCCAAUGUGAUUGAUGUCAGCUACUCCUGCAUCACCCUCCUGGAGUGUGUCAACGUAGACCACACUGCCAUAAGCAAUGUGACUGAGCAUUGGACCCGUAUCAUUGUCUCUGGUGCAUCAGAUGGAGACAAUCCUGAUUCAAACCGUGGUGACACUGAUUUGAUCUGGAAAAUCAUUGUUGGUAUUGUAGCUGUUGUGGUGGUCAUUGCUGCUCUGCUCUGUGUGUUUAAACCUUGGAGAGACAAACAGUGCCACCAAGGCCACAGAGAUGUGGAAGAGGGUCAGGGCAAUCCAGAACCAAACCCCUUUCCUCUGAUGCAGAAUGAGCAACGUGAUUCCAGAGACAUCAGAAAGCCUGAUGACGGUGAGACUGUUGAGGCUGUGGUUGUUCCCAGUGACCAAGGAGGUGAGCCAGGAGAGGAGAACAGGCAGCCCAUGGACAAUGAAGAGACAGGCGCUGACACCCCUCUGCUGAAUGGAGAUGCCAGCGACCAAGGAGAGGAAGGGGUUCUAGGAAUGGAGGAUGGAAAACCGUCAGACAAUGACAGAGCAGACACUGAAACCUGUCAGAAGACACAUGCUGAUUCCCCUCCACUGAAUGUACCCAAGGUUGUCAGGGUUAACAGCCAGACUGAUGACCCACAGCUUCUGGGUCAACCUCAGAGCAAUGGACGCGUGCCCUAUAGAAGGGAAUCACACCUGACUGAUGGGGCUCCAGGUCAGGGUGCUGGUGAGACUUCACCCCUCCUCUGCAGCCCAGGAGAGGAAGGCGUGCUAGAAGGGCAGGACAGGAAGUCAGCAGACAGUGGGGGAACAGACCCUGAAUCCUGUCAGAAGACACAUGCUGAACCCCCUCUAGUGAAUGGACACCCUGAUGUCAGGGUUAAUGAUGAGACUAAGGAACCAACUCCUGGUGCACAGAGUCCAGGACCUCCUCAGAUGAAUGGAGGACCUCCCAUGUCUAACAGAGCUGCAGAGGAGACAAAUGCUCUAUUGGACCAACAGGCCUUGGACAAGGACCAAGUCACCAAACCUCCUGAGUUAAUAGACAAAGGACCUAAUGACAUGGAGUCAAGAGGAGAACUGUAACAAGCGGUGGACGUUUGAAUAACAAAAGAGAACCUAACGCCAUAUAAUAAGAUACAGUAAUACUGUAUAUAAUAUACAUAUUAUAAGAUACACAUUUGUGACUUGCUUCAUCAUAAUCAGUCAUGUCAACCCCAAAACACAUUCUGAAAAGUCUUUCAAUGAUUUUCUAAAAUCUAAGCAGUUUAUUAAGUUAAUUCUCUAUGCGACAGCUGUAAAUUGGAUAAGUUAGGAAAUGUGUUCUAGUGAAAUCAGUUGAAAUUACAAAACAGCCCAAAACCUUUAGAUAACUUAUCUAAAUUAUUAUUAUCUAGAUGUUUAAUUACUAUUAUCUGAAAAUGAGUGUGCGACAUGACUGAUUAUGAUACAACACGUCACAUAUUAGCUAUACAACAUUAUAUAUGAAAUUAUAUGAAAGUAUGAUAAGAUCAUACACUAGUAUUGUAUACUAAACAUACAAGCAAUUAUAUAUAUAACACACACGUGAAAAGAUGCUUAAAACAUGAACCUCUCUAGUAUUGACAUAUCCAAGAUCAUGAGGUCUCAAUGUCUUGUGGACAUGUCAAAUAGCUAAACAGUGACUAGGCGUUAUUUAGAGUAAGCCUCAUUAUCACAGGGCCCAGUCUAAGAAGCUCUAUUUUACUGAAGCAAUUAUUCAUUAUUUCUGAAUUGAGAGUUAGCAUGUCAGUUAAAAUAACUUGCAUAAUUUGUCCCAUUUAAAACACACCUGUAAUCCUACUUUCAGUAAAGAAAGUUCAUGUUCCAUUUUAGACUCUAGAUGAUAUUACAUCAGACUUUAUUUAAACCACUGUUUUCAUAGGAAAUCAUGAUUGGUCAGUUAAAACAGGUAACACUUCAUAUGGAUGUUGUCUUUAUAAUGCAAUAUAGGAGCGUUAAUAACACCUUCUAUGCAUAAUGCAUCAGGAUGCACAACAUAGGUGCUAAUAACUGCUCAUGGACAUCUAUAACUGCAUGAAGCAUUAUCACCAGGAUGUGUAAUGCCUUAUGAAGCAAAGUAUUACUAUGCCAGAUGCCAUAUUUGAAAAGCACAUUAGGAUCGUUAUAUUAUACAUUAUGUGCUCAUUAAGUGAUUGGCCAUAUUGUAAUUUCACUGCACACCCUCUUACACCUAUGUAACUCCACCCAAGUUGCAAAAUGACACAGUUGUUCUUACCCUGUAAGCAGUCUAUGGACAAGAUAAGAAAGUAAUCCAUGCUUUGGUUUUGUUUACUGUACUUGGUCACAGAAAUGCUAAUGUUUUAGCAUUUGUGGCACAUAUCCAAGUCAAUAACCCUGAUAUAAGCAUUUUUGCAUUUCAUAUCCAAAUCAUCCUAAAGCAGGGAUCCUCAACUAGAUUCAGCCGCAGGCCGUUUUUUCUUUUUUUCUUUGAGUGGAUGGUCAGGGUGCUGGAACCUAAUUACAAAUCAUUUGUAGACUGCACAUUAACUGCAAGAAGCCCAAACAUAUAUAAUAUUUCACCAAAACAUGAUCAUUUCAAACCCUGCUUAUAUUUGUUUAUGAUCACAUAUAUCUAUCAAUUAUGCGUGGGAUUUCUUUCCAAAAUGAAAAUCAUUUGGAGCCGAUUUGCUGGUGUUUUAUUUUUAUUUUUUUAAAUCUCCCCUCCAACCUGGACUCAUGGGUAGUAACAUAGUAAAAAUACAUCCGGGACUCUCCAGUUAGUAUGAUACUGUAUUAAUUAGUGGAUGUCUAUCCAUUUCGGAUGAUAUGUUACGAAUUGCAAUUUUUAUAUGUUACGAAUUUGCAAAAUGUAUGAUAUGUUACAAAUUCAAAUAUCUUGUGGUUAACGUUAGCUAAGUGGCUAGGUGGCUAACGCUAGCUAGGUGGCUAGCGUUAGAUAGGCUAGGGCUUAGGGUUACGGUUACAUUUAAGGUUAGGUUAGGUUGAAGGAUUAAGGUUAGGGGAAGGGUUUGCUAACAUGCAAAGUAGCUAAAAAGUAGUAAGUAAUUGCAAAAUUGCUAAUUAGCGAAAAUGCUAAAGUAUCUCGUGAUGAUAUUCAAACACGCAACCUUUGGGUUGUUAGACGUUCGCGUUAUAAGUCCACCCAUCCGAAACCAAAGCAUGGAUUGCUGUCUGUCUGAGCUUGUCCAUAGACUGCUUACAGCUUAAAGAAAGCAAAUAAUAUUUUGUAAUUUGGGUGAACUAUCCCUUUAACAGGAGUGCGGAACUCCUACGUGAAGUCGUUACAGUAUAGCCCUCUGACACAAUUUCCUAAAGAGUAUUUCGUGUAGGUCAUACCACUUAGCUUCAUAACCCAUUGAGGCACACACUGGUUGAAGUAACAUUGUUUCCACAUAAUUUCAAUGAAAUUACGUUAAACCAAUGUGGAGUAGACAUUGAAUUGACGUCUGUGCCCAGUCGGAAGGCAUUAUGCUGCCAACUUAUAAUUACAUUUAUUAGCAGCCAUUAGAGCCUAUGUCGUGCAUUAUAAUGCAUAUUGCGCAGAUAAGGUGUUAUAAAUGCACUUAUAACACAUUAUGAAGAGGUUAUUCAUAGGAAGUGUUACCUGCAGUUCUUGCGGAAGGAACUGUACCCAAGUCCCCAGCUACUAGUGACAUUGUGAAAAAUAUCACACCUUUAGACAGGAAUUGUGUAGCUAUGUUAACAUUUGUGUUCACCGUUUCAUUAAAAUGUUUAGCACAUUGAGAGUAUCUGUCAGGUCAAAUGACUUAGGCGAAUGACAUACCCACCUACUUUGAGACCUUAUAACCUUCGUGUCAGAAAAGGUUCAUUUUCUUCCUCUUUUGAUUAUGUUAAUUUGACUUACUUGUAAUGUAUUUGAUGUCAUGUAUGUUGGUUGGUCCCAUACUUUCAUGAAUGGUUUUCGCCUAUUGCUUUUAUGGUUAGUUACCUUCCACAUGUAUUUUGAAUUAUUUCCUUAUUACAUUUUUAUGACCAAUUUACACUGAGUGUACAAAACAUUAAGAACAUGACAGACUGACCAGGUGAAUUCAGGUGAAAGCUAUUAUCUCUAAUUGAUGUCACUUGUUAAAUCCACUUCAAUCAGUGCAGAUGAAGGGAAGGAGACAGGUUAAAGAAGUUUUUUUAAGCCUUGAGACAUGGAUUGUGUGUGGGUGCCAUUCAGAGGGUGAAUGGGCAAGACAAAAGCUUUAAGUGCCUUUGAACGGGCUGUGGUAGUAUGUGCCAGGCUCACUGGUUUUAGUGUGUCAAGAACUGCAACGCUGCUGGACUUAUCACUGACAAACAGUUUCCCGUGUGUAUCAAGAAUGGUCCACCACCCAAAGGACAUCCAGCCAACUUGACAUAACUCUGGAAAGCAUUGGAGUCAACAUGGGCCAGCAUCCCUGUGGAAAGCUUUCGACACCUUGUAGAGUCCAUCCCUUGAUGACUUGAGGCUGUCCUGAGGGCAAAAGUGGGUGUAACUCAAUAUUAGGAAGGUGUUCCUAAUGUUUGUACACUCAGUGUAUAGCACUAUGCAUUUUGACUGUUGGAUUGAUAUGAUCUGCUCAUACAUUGCCAAUACAAGUGAGUGAGUUAAGACUAUUGUUUAAUGAACAACUCAGGUCUGAUGGAUACAAUUGUCCCUCAUACUCUCAUGUAUUAUUUUUUAACAAACGUUUUGCAUGUAUUUGUAUGAACAAACCUCCACAUUAUUGUCAUAUCUACUUUUUAUGAAGGCUAUUCUGUAGAGUUUUGUGUAUGGUCACAACUUGUUUCAUAUAAUACGUUAACAUUUUAGUAAUUUAGCAGAUGUUCUUAUGCAGAGUGAUUUACAGGAGCAAUUCAAGUUUAGUGCCUUGCUCAAAGGUACCUCGACAGACCUAGUCGGCUCGGGGAUUCAAACCAGUGACUUUUCAGACUUUUCAGAGUUGCUUUCCUUUUAACAUUAAAACAUUCCUUUCCA